CAGGGGACUGUGGGACACAAUUCUACGUACACAAUCGUUUUAUACCGCGCGUUGCUGCCGACAACAGAAUAUUUCCACAUUUUUGCAGUUGUUUUGUCAAUUAAUACUGAAUAAGUACAAAAAUGGCAUCCCUCGCAAAACCAAAGUCUGAAAUGACUCCUGAGGAGUUGGCUAAACGAGAGGAAGAGGAAUUCAAUACAGGACCACUAUCAGUUCUCACUCAAUCAGUGAAGAAUAACACACAGGUGUUGAUAAACUGUAGAAACAAUAAGAAACUCCUUGGAAGAGUCAAGGCGUUCGACAGGCACUGCAACAUGGUCCUGGAGAAUGUCAAGGAGAUGUGGACUGAGCUCCCAAGAACGGGAAAGGGGAAGAAGAAGGCAAAACCAGUGAAUAAAGAUCGCUUCAUAUCCAAGAUGUUCCUCCGUGGUGAUUCCGUCAUUCUCGUACUCAGGAAUCCAUUGGCCACUGCUUCAGGAAAAUAAUGUGACACUUCACAAGACUUUUCUCGUAUUCUACGAUUAAAUUUAAUAAACAUUGAUAAUUUAAGCGAA